AUGGCUAAAUUUUCAAUAUAUAUUGUUUUGGUGAUUUUAUAUUUCGCAACGGUGAAUUCAAAGCCGUUUGAAAGCUCAGAGCCUGAUUCAACUGACGAUUCCACAACUGACUCUCCGAGCUCAACGCAGGGACAAGAUGAUUCCACUGAGACAAAUAAUUCAUCGACUGAAUCGUCGGAUUUAACGCCUGAUUCGAGUUCGACUGACAAUUCUUCGCCUGCAGUGCAAGACUCAACUUCCGAUUCAACUACACCUGAUAAUUCAAAUCCAACAUCAGAUUCAUCAGACUCAACAGUUGAUUCAGCUACAUCAAACAAUUCCACAAAUACAGCGGUAGAUCAACAGAACUCAAACACAACAGACAAAUCGAGUUCAUCAUCGCCAACUCCAACGGCUGUAGCAGUGAAACCUUCCGUAGGGUCAAUCAUAACAACAUCUUUGAGUUUUCUUCUCCAUGGACUUGUGUGGGUAGUAAAACUGAUACUAACGCCAAUAGUAUGGUUGCUAGUUGCAAUAAUAAAGCUUGUACAGUCAUUGCUGAACACGUUACUGAAGACUCUUAAUUUGGCUUUGUCAAAACUUCUCGGUGUACUGGGUCUCGGGAGCGUUGCCAAAUUAUUAGCGGACUUGUUAAAGUCAGUUCAGGACAUUCUUGACCCCACACUUAAUACAGUCAAUAACAUUUUGUUAUCACUUUCGCUAAUAAAAUAA